AUGCACAUUGAUAAAACUCAACGAAAGAAACUUGACAACAAAAGCAAAGAGAUGGUGCUCGUAGGAUAUUCUCCUAGUCAAAAAGGAUUUCGUUUGUGGGAACGCGGUACGAAACACGUAAUUGUAUCAAGAGACGUGAUUAUCGCUGAAUCAUUACCUAAGCAAUCAAUACAAUUACCGCAACCUAUCGGGACUGAAGAUACAGAGUCAGUGGACAUAAAGACUGAGUCGGAAUACGUUGAAGAAAGUGAAACAUCACAUUCCGAGAAACAAAAUAACAAUAGCCACAAAUCAGUGGGAGUUCAAAAAGGUGUACGAGUACAUCAAUCAAUAGAUGAUUCGGUUGCUAGUCGAACAAGAAGCAAAGUACCACAGUCUACUAUGAUCGCAACAGCCCUACUCGCUGAAGGAAUACCAGAAACCUUAAAAGAAGCGAAGCAAUCAUCCGAUGCUAAACAGUGGGAAAUAGCAAUGAAAGAAGAGAUCACGUCACUUGAAGAAAAUAAUACCUGGGAAUUGACUGAUCUUCCAGAACAUAGAAAAGCAAUAAAAAAUAAAUGGAUCUUUCGCAAAAAGCUGAAGUCUGACGGUACGUUAGACAGAUAUAAGGCACGCUUGGUCAUCAAGGGAUGUUCACAGAAGCCCGGAAUGGACUACGCGGAAACUUUUGCUCCAGUUGCACGCUUCGAGUCUAUUCGAAUAUUAGUGUCUGUUACAACAACAAAGAAUUUCGUUAUACGACAAUUCGAUAGCAAAGCUGCCUUUUUGCAUGGUGAUCUCAACGAAACGAUAUUUAUGGUUCAACCCGAAGGCUUCGAUGAUGGCAGCGGUCGUGUGUGUCAUCUACGCAAAAGUCUUUAUAGAUUAAAACAGGCACCACGACAAUGGUAUCAAAAAUUGGACGACGCACUAAAAAUGUUUGGAAUGAAAUCAACCAGGUAUGAUCCAUGCAUCUAUUCAAAUCCCGAUGGCUCUCUGCUACUUGCUUUAUACGUGGAUGACGGAUUGAUAGCUGGACAAUCCGAAAGUAAAGUAUUUGAACUGCUUGAGAAAUUAAAGGAAAAAUUCAAAACUAUUGACUUUGAAGCCAAAUGUUAUCUCGGGAUUGAAAUUGAUCGUGAUAUUGAAGCAAAGAAGACUCGGAUACAUCAGUCGGCUUAUAUACGCAAUCUGUUACGACGAUUCAAGAUGGAUGAAUCAAAUCCAGUAUCAACUCCUUCAGAAGUAAACAUAGUAUUGCGUCGAAAUGAAGAUGAGAAUGGAAACGUAAAAGAACCAGCAGACGUUCCUUAUCGUCAGAUCAUAGGAUCAUUAAUGUAUCUUGCUGUUGGCACCCGUCCAGACAUCGCGUUCGCUGUGAACAAUUUAUCACAAUUUCUUGACAAUCCAUCGUUCGAGCAUUGGAAAGCAGCAAAACGAAUACUACGCUAUUUACAAGGAACAAUCCAACUGGGUCUCACACUCUGA